AUGGCCAAGUCAGCAAGUAUAUAUGAAAAACCUUUACCGCACAUAGGAUUAGCAGACUGGUAUGCUAAGCAAUGGGAACUUCAACAAAAUGCAGCUGCUAGGAGUACAGAGGCAUUUGAGUUAAGAAAUGCAGGGCAAAUUGUUCGUGCGGAAACAAUGGUAAAAACAAUAUGGGACACAUACAUGAAUAAUGUUCGUCUCGCCGACAGAGUAACGGAAUUAUCACGAUGGGGAGAAGUAUUUGGCCUUUUAUUACAUCAAUUAGUCUCCGAAAUACAUUUUUUAAAAGAUGAAAAGGCUGAUGCAGAAAAAGAAUUAGAAAUUCUGAAUGAUCCAUUACACGUGACCGCAGAAUGUAUUUCAAUGAGAGAUUGUCGUCGAGGAACAGAACUUACUUACGACGAAGCUGACACAGAAUUAAAGAAGGAACUUUGUGUCAUUGAAAAUGUGAAGAAAUUGCUGACCGACAGAGUACAAGCUGCAUGGGAAAAGUUAAACCGUUUGGAAGAAGUUAGAUUUCAAAUACAAUUAGAGGUUGAAGAUAAAGAUGAAACCAUUAAGAUUGAUAAAGAAAAUCUAAAUUUGGAUCGCACGUGUGCGAAUAUCAGUUACAAACCGAAUGCAUUGAAAAUUCCAAAAGACUCUAUAACUUACGACGCUUGGUUGGAACACUGUCAAUCUAUUAAAACUUUAGCUGAUAACGAAUUGAGCGAUGUAUACGAUUUUCGCGAAUCUAUGAAUGUAAUGAGGGAACGCGCUAGAAACGAUAUCAAGGCACAACAGGAUGUGACAGAUUUCAGUUUGCGCAAAAGGAUUUAUCAGACGCAGAAAGCUCGUAACGAGUUAGAAUGGCAGAAGCUUAAGAUACAAAAAGAAAUGGAGAUUUUACAAAAAGAGAUAGUACGUCUAGAAGAUGCACUGUUACAUAAGAUUGAUUCUAUAAAAUGCGCACAGACAAGAUUAGAAAAUCGUACUUAUCGUCCUGGUUUCGAACUCUGUCGCGAUGAGGCUGACCAUGGUUUGCGAAACGAAGCUUUACAUUUACGAGAAACUGAGCAAACUCUAAAGAAAACUUUAGAAAAUUCUAAAGCGGCGUAUAAUAAUUUGGAAAGUCUACUUACGUUGAUCGAUAGGAAUUUAGAUGACAAGCAACAUUCCUUAGCGACUGAUGUGAUGUGCUUAGACAUGAGAGCAACAUUGAAAACGGGAGACAGAACAAGAUUACCUAAUGAAACAGACCGUAAUAUUGUUCUUACACGUAUGGAAAAAGAAAUACCACUGGAAUCGUAAAUAAUUGCAAUGACUAUAUGUAAUUCUGUUGGGG